AUGGAAACUUUGAAGAGGCAUCACCCUGUUUCUGGCCAAGAGGGAUUACAUGAACUCAGGAAAAUUGCUAUAAGGUUUGAGGAAAAUAUUUAUACUGCUGCCACAAGCCAGUCAGAUUAUCUACGAAAAAUAUCUCUGAAAAUGCUUACAAUGGAAGCUAAUUCUCAGAAUCCUAUAGGCAAUGCUUUGCCAUCCAACUCUGCUGGCAAUAGUAAUAAGUCCCCAGAUGCAGCAUCUCUAGAUUCCACAGCUCAGACAGGGCAUGCAAAUGGGGCUGAUUGGCAAGAGGAGGUCUAUCAAAAGAUCGAAACCAUGAAGGACUUGUUCUUGCCUGAAAUAAGUGAAAUGUACCAGAAAAUUGCUGCUAAAUUGCAGCAGCAUGAUUCUCUUCCACAACAAUCAAUGUCGGAUCAACUUGAGAAGUUGAAAUUAUUUAAGACUAUGUUGGAGCGUAUUAUAACAUUCUUACAGGUUUCCAAAAAUAAUAUAUCACCUGGUUACAAGGAGAAGUUGGGGUCAUAUGAGAAGCAGAUAGUAAAUUUUGUAAACACAAAUUGGCCUAAGAAGCCUGCACUGCAGCAAGAGGAGGUCUAUCAAAAGAUCGAAUUCAUGAAGGACUUGUACUUGCCUGAAAUAAAUGAAAUGUACCAGAAAAUUGCUGCUAAAUUGCAGCAGCAUGAUUCUCUUCCACAACAAUCAAUGUCGGAUCAGAUUGAGAAGUUGAAAGUAUUUAAGACUAUGUUGGAGCGUAUUAUAACAUUCUUACAGGUUUCCAAAAAUAAUAUAUCACCUGGUUACAAGGAGAAGUUGGGGUCAUAUGAGAAGCAGAUAGUAAAUUUUUUAAACACAAAUCGGCCUAAGAAGCCUGCACUGCAGCAAGGACAGCUUCCUGCGCCUCAUAUGCAAACCAUGCAACAGCCACCUCAACUUGCUCAAAUUCAGUCUCAUGAAAAUCAAAUGAACCCUCAGUUGCAAUCAAAGAACUUACAAGGUUCUGUUCCAACAUGCCGCAGAAUUCUAUGUCAAGCCUGCAGCACAAUUCUAUGUCUUUAUCUGGGGCUUCGACGGCACAGCCAAACAUGAUGAACUCACUACAACCUGGCUCCAAUCUGGACUCAGGACAAGGAAAUUCUCUGAGCGCUUUGCAGCCGGUGACUAUGGGAUCACAUUGAAAGUGCGCAAGUAUGUGGGAGCUCUAAUUGUAACUUGUCCUUUUGGGAUAUCACGUAGAUGUAAAACAUCCCCAUGUGGUGAAAUUAGUAGCUUACUUUAACAUAAGACUAGGUCCAGCACAACCAGUAAUCAUGUGAAAGACUAAAUUUCCAUUUCAGAUUGCUUACUUUUAAAAGU